CAUCUUUGCGAGUCGCCGCAGCGGCCGAUGUGAAGGAGCGCUUUGUCAGGAGGGGAGGGGGGCUGACUGAGUGACAGCUUCUUCAUCGCCAAAUCCGGCCCUUCUCAGCACCGGCCUAAGCCACAUCCGGCUUCUUCGCCGUCACAUUUUUUUUCACGCAGCGCUCUGCCUGUGGGCAAAGGAGAAGAGACAAGAGAGGGACCGAUCACCAAAGCGGGACGACCCAGGGUGCGCCGAGUGAGGUGGCUGGUUCUGAGGGUGAUCCGGGCCGUGCCAGACUAGAUGAAUUUCCAUUGAAAUGUCCGAGAGGUCAGGCCAGAGCACAAAGGCAAAAGAUGGCAAAACCAAGUAUGCAACGCUUAACCUGUUUAACACGUACAAGGGGAAGUCAAUAGAGACUCAGAAAAAUUCAGUUGCAGCACGUCAUGGAUUGCAGAGCCUUGGAAAAGUGGCCAGCUCACGGCGCAUACCGCCACCAGCAAAUCUUCCAAGUCUCAAAGCAGAGAACAAGGGAAAUGAUCCUAAUGUGAAUAUCAUACCAAAGGAUGGAUCGGGAUGGGUCACCAAAUCUGAACAGCAAGAGGAGAGUAACAGUACUACUGAAGCCCAGGUACAAGAAUCACAGCAGCCUAGUUCAGAAUCCCCGGCCCCAAGCACCCAGGAGGUACCAACUCCAGUUGUGAAAUCCUGGGCCCAGACCAAUAACAAGCACACUGGACAAGGAGAUGGAAUCCAAUGUUUAAACACUCACUUCCAGCAUGAAUUCCCUAGCCUGCAGGCAGCUGGAGAUCUAAAGGAGUUGCCAGAUGAGGCUUAUGGACCUGGGCCUAGCUUGCGUCCGCCAAAUGUAACCAGUUGGCGAGAUGGUGGAGGGAAAACCCUUCCCAUAAUGCCUGGAUGCCUAGAUCAAGAUGGCAGGCCUUGUAAUUUAGAAGAUGGAGGGACUGGUACAUCAGAACUGAAUGACAAAGGUCUUGACAAACGGGAUGGACGGGAAAAGGCAUCAUUACCACUUUCUAAGAUAAAUGGACAGCUGAUUAUUCCACCUGCACCACAGUUUAGAGGACUAAUGCCACCUUAUAUGUCUCACUCAUCUAAAAUGCAAUUGCCACAUCGACUAUCAUACCCAGCACCAAAUAUCAAGAGCCAAAGUAGCUCAUUAAGGCAACAGCAUUCUCAGUGGUGUCAAGAUCUUCAUGAGCGACCCUCCAUUAUUAGUGCAAGUGAAUUGAAGGAACUUGAUAACCUGGACACAGAAAAUGAUGAUGGCUGGGCAGGAGCACAGUCUGAGGUGGAUUAUACAGAGAAACUAAAUUUUAGUGAUGAGGACGAGGGAACAUCUACGAAGAAGGAUGAAGAAGAAAGCUGUGAUGACAGGGAUGAACAAAUCAGCAAAGCUGAGCAACUUGGAACAAAAACUUCAGAGAGCUUUAAUGGUCCAAAAGAAAUCAAUGAGUGUCCUGGAAAUAAAACUUCAUCAAAUGAGAGUGCUACAAUGCAGGUGGCUUCACAGUCACCAACCAAGAUCUCUUCCAUCAGAAGCCUACAGACCGAUCGUCAGGAAUCAGGGCGGUCAGCAGUGCAGGCUGUGGUACGUGAAUUGCGUGGACUGGGGAAUACGUCUGUCAAUCAGAAACCAGCUCCCCAGCACCCGUCUCCACCAAAUCGUCAGAUUGGACCCGGAAAGUACGCCGCUGCCAAACCAUCGUUAUUACCAAGUGAUAGCGAUGAAGCUUGGAGGCAAAGGAGGAAACCAUCAAUGUCUGAUCUUUCCGCAGCAGUUGAAAGAGCUAGAAAACGACGUGAGGAAGAAGAACGACGAAUGGAGGAACAACGUUUGGCAGCCUGCGCAGCAAAACUGAAGAAACUUGAUGAAAAAUAUGGAACGCUCUCAAAAGAGAAAAAGGAAAAUGCGAAGGAGAAAGAUAAGAUAAAAAUAAUUGAAAAAGAAAAUACUAAGGAUAUUGAGAAGGAAAAUACAAAAUGCAAUGAGAACGACAAAGCUAACAGGAAAGAAAAUGAGGGUGAGAAAUGGAAAGAAACUGAGAAGCAACAGGAGAAGGAGCAAGAACAGGAAAAGGUGGCAGAACAGCGAAAGGAGAAGGAACCUGAGAAGAAAGAACAUGAAAAAAAAGAGCAGGAAGAACAACAAGGACAAGAGGAGAAAAUAGAAAAGGAAUUUGUGCCAGAACUAGAACAGCCACAGCAGCAGGAGCAAGAACAGGAAACUGAAAAGGAGGAGGAAAAAGAUGAAGUGGAAGGGGAACCUGAGCAGAGACAAGAGGAACCUCGGAGUGAACCUGAUGACUUCAAAGGCCAGAAGGAGGAGGAUGAUUUGAAAAAAACAGAAGAUGAUAUAUCUCCACCUAUUGAUCAACUGGACAGCACUUUAAAUGAAAAGGAGGUUACUCCAACAUCAAAUGACGUCGAUGGUGAUUUGGGGUCCCAGACACGACCUGCUGUUCCCACAGGUUAUUCAAAGCAGUUUCAGAAGUCAUUACCACCUCGAUUCCAGCGUCAACAGGAACAGAUGAUGAAACAACAAUGGCAGCAGCAACCAUCAGGUGUUCAUCAACAAACACCAUCUCAAACUCCAGCCCAGCCUCCGACUCAAGCUCAGCCUCAGCCUGCUGGAGCUCCUGUACCACCUCCCCAGCACAGGUCCUUGUACCAGACUCCCUUAGCCCCACCUCAUCAUCAACAUUUGGCUUCUAUGGGAUUUGAUCCACGUUGGAUUAUGAUGCAGUCCUACAUGGAUCCACGAAUGAUUUCUGGAAGGCCACCAAUGGACAUGACACAAAUACACCCUGGUAUGAUGCCACCAAAACUAAUGAGAAGAGAUCAGAUGGACAGUUCCGGUUCAGGAUCUGAUUCAUUUGACCAUCUGUCUCGACCAACUAGAGAUCACACCAUACAGUCCACUGAACCUCGACUAGUGUGGAGCUCAGAAGCUUAUCCUCAUACAGAGCCACAACAAGCUACUACCCCUCCAGUUGUAAUGGAAGAAUCCAAAGAUACAGGGCCUGAAAUGACCGUGGAGCAAGAGAGAAAGACAUCUGCUUAUUCCACAGAGAAAAGGCAACUAUCGCCACACUUGAAUUUAUUGAAUCAAGAGCUCUUCAGGGAAAAAACAGAUGAAGAAAAGGGAAAGUUUGCAAACAAAUCACUGGAAGAUGUGCAACCUGUUCAGUCUGACAAAGUGGCUGAUACUGUGAACCUGGAACCUGUGGAUUUGCCUGUGACCCGGGGCGCUCGGGAGGAACCUGUGCUGCAAACAGAAACACGAACAGUCUUAAAGAGAAGUCUGUCUCAUGGAUCAAAUCAUUCAUUGAAGUCGGAAGUGGAGAAGAGUGAUUCUCUCCCUCUUGCAAUCAAAAUACAACACCGAUCUAAUGAAUCAAAAGAUCAGCAAGACAAACCAGAAGAAAAAUCAAAAAAAGAAAGUAAAGCAUUCGAUGGAGCAAAGAAUGAAAAGCAGUUUAGAAGGGAAUCCAGGCAUGACACACGUUGGGGUCCUAGACCAGGUUCUAGGAGAGAUGAAGGUUACAUAAGACCAGUGCGACGUUGUGGCCCAAUUAAAAAGCCUGUGCUAAGAGAUAUGAAAGAAGAGCGUGAACAAAGAAAGGAAAAAGAAGACCGCCAAUCCAUUCCAAUCAAGGGUAAUAAAACUUCAAAAACUGAAAAGAAAGAACCAUCUCAGGCAGUUAAUAAAGGUGUCAACAAAACUGAACCUGAAAAGUCCCUUCAGGAAAGUUCCAUGCCAGUUGUUAAGAAGACAUGUCAGGAUGUAAAACCAUUAGUCGAUAAAAGUGAGACUGUUCCGCCCGUCAUGCCAGUUAAUAAAACUGGAAAUAAUCAAGCUACUUCAGUCCCAGCACCAAAGGAUGAGAAGCAAGAGAAGCCACCUGUUAAGAAUCACCUUUCUGAAAGGCAGCGUAUUGAUAAUAGGUUUCCUAUCAGACGGGAUUCUGGUUUACCCCCACGUAACUAUCGGAAAGAGGUUAGGGAGCAACGUGACUGGUUUCCUGACCAAGGGUACAGGGGAAGAGGCCGUGGAGAAUUUUAUUCUCGAGGGCGCAGCUUUAGAGGCUCUUAUAAUGGCCGUGGACGUGGAGGAAGAGGUCGUAGCAGAGAGUAUCCUCGUUAUAGGGAACCAAGGCCAAGGUUAGAACAUGUGACAAGUGUACCCUCGUUUAGGCAAAGGGAAGAAAGUGAAACACGUAGUGAAAGCUCUGAUUUUGAAGAGAUUCCUAAACGCCGCAGACAACACGGCUCUGAAACUGAUUCUGAUACUGAAGCUCAUGAAAGUGCAAGCGAUACAAUCUCUGACAAAGAAAAUCCAAGUAAAGGGAAGCGUCUGAAGAAAGAAGGUCGGCCAGAGAGUAAACCCAUACAAAAGUCUUUUAGAUCCGAAAGUAACUUGAAGGUUGAUAAUAGAUCAUCAGAAAAGCCACCCUUAAAAGAGGAUGACCCAAAACCAAAACCUGGUUUUCUUCCAAGAGGGGAGCCUUCGAGGCGUGGAAGGGGAGGCAUGUUCAGAGGAGGUGGUAGAGGUGCUGGAGGCCGUGGUGGCUCAAGAUCUGCACCACUGAGGAAGCCAGGGCCUUCUAAUUCAAUAUGGCCUCCAAGGUUAGAUACUUCCAGAAGAGAUGACAGUGAUGUGAAAAAAGUGGACCAUUUUGAAACAGUUCCUUUUGAGAGGAGACAUGUUAAAUCAGAGCGUAAGUUUGACCAUAGCAGAGAACGUCUUCGUAAGCAAAGACCACCGCGCCCGCCAAGACAAGACAAACCACCGAGAUUCAGGCGUUUGAGAGAGAGAGAAGCUGCAGCUAAAGUAAACGAAACCAGUGCAACUGCCAUGACAAAUGCAACCCCCAGCAGUAGUGUGCAGGAGCACGCACAUUCCUUGGAUGUCGCUGGGAGUAAGUCACCAGAUUUAUCUAAUCAGAACUCUUCGGAUCAGGCUAAUGAAGAAUGGGAAACUGCUUCUGAAAGCAGUGACUUCAAUGAGAGGCGUGAAAGAGAUGAAAAGAAAAUGAUGGAUGUCAACUUGCAGGCUUCAACCAAGUCUGGAGAAAGUAAUCUUCCAAAACGGGAUGCUGCAAAGAGAAGUUUUUCCAGCCAACGUCCAGGUGCUGAUCGGCAGAAUCGUAGAAGCAACAGUGGAGCAAACAAACCCAACAGAAACUACUCUGGGACCAAAAAUGAAAGGCGCAGUGGAAUGUCGUCAAAGCCUGGUCGAAGGGGCUUAUCAAAGUUAGAACAGCCUUUUGAAGAGAGAACAGCAAUGAUUGGUGUUGAUCCCACCAGCAGUAACAUGGCUCAUCAACCAGGGGAAUGUAGUAACACUGGCACAGCUCCAAAGUCUGCAAAAGAUGUAACUGGCAAGAAACGAGAAGACUCCAAAUCAACCAAAAAACCAAAAGAGAAACCUGAUGCUCUGUCACAGUUUGAUCUGAAUAACUAUGCUAGCGUGGUGAUCAUUGAUGAUCAUCCAGAAGUAACAACAGUUGAAGACUCUCAGUGUAGCACGACUGAUGACGGGUUUACAGAAGUUGUGUCAAAGAAACAACAGAAACGUCUACAAGAUGAGGAACGCAGAAAAAAGGAGGAGCAAGUUGUCCAGAAUUGGAACAAAAAAAAUGUGAAUGAUAAGGGGAGAGGCCAGAAUUCUAAAUUGCCUCCGCGAUUUGCAAAGAAGCAGCAGCAGGCAGCCCAACAAGCUCAAGUGCAGACUCCAACUUCAGUCCACCCACAAGUUCAACCUCAGCAGCAGGCUGGAACUCUGACUUCAGCUACAGUUCCAGUUCCAGAUCCAGCACUAAUUGAAGUUCCUGCUCCGACAAUAUCUCCAACUGAGACUGCCGUUACAGUUCAGGAACAGUCCAAGGUGCAAGGAGGAAACUGUGCUUCGGGAAAUAAUGCAGAGAAUUCUGUUUCAGGCAAAGCAGUGGCACCUCCACAGAUGCACAGCACGUUGGAAGCAGAUCUGUGGGACAACAAGAUCAAUUCGACUGCUGUCCUUUCUGAAGUCACCACAAAAUUGGUACCUAUUAGUCCUCCUCAGCCUCCACCUGUCAGUGCAUGGAAUAAGCCCUUGACUUCUUUUGGAUCUUCUCCAACACCUGAGGGAACCGGUUCAAGUCAGGAAAGUGGAAGUGAACUUGCUAUUGAUUCUGAUCAGUUAGCUGCAAAAAUUAACACCACCACCAGCACCAAUAUAACAGCUACACCCAUCACCACGACUGCUACAACUGCACCAGAGUGUGAAGUGACCUCAGUGGAAAAAGCUGCUGAAACAAAAUUGCCAGAGCCAAAAGAACAGAGACAGAAGCAGCCUCGGGCAGGCCCAAUCAAAGCUCAAAAGAUUCCAGAAUUGAACCCAGUGGAGAACAAAGAACACAAGCCUGGUCCCAUUGGUAAGGAACGCUCCUUAAAAAACCGGAAAGUCAAGGACAUACAGCAAACAGAAGCAGAAGGAAAAGACGAGUCUCCGGUUGCUAACAUUGGGAGCCCAGAGCCUGUGGUAACACCAGAACCGAAGGUGGUAACUGAACUGAGCACUGAGGCAGAGACUAUGAUCUCUGUUCCCCCACCUGAAUUUGAAGAAAAUUCAAAGGAAUCCAUGACUGAUUACACAGCACCUUCUUCCUCACUGUCAGAUUCUGUGUCGACUGAUAAUGGCAAAAUAGAAGAUUCCCUGGUCAGCAAUGUGCCCCUGCACCACACCCUUCCCAUCCCCAGGAGGGAGACUCUACAACAGAGCUCCAGCCUGACACCAGUUUCUCCCACCACUGUCGACUUCACCCUCAAGAUGGAAUGUGCACGAAAGGCAUGGGAGAAUUCACCAACAGUAGGAGAAAAAACCUCGCCAGUGACAUCUUCAGCAUCACCAAUCACCAGUGCUAAUGGAGGUAGCAAUCGCACUUACAGUUCCUUCUCCAGUGCUUCCAUGCCUCCUAUUCCAGUGGCCUCAGUCACUCCCACUACAUCCUUAUCAGGAGCAGGGACAUAUACUACCUCCUCGCUGAGUACAAAAGCAACUACCACCUCUGACCCACCCAAUAUCUGUAAAGUAAAACCUCAGCAGCUGCAAAACAGUAACAUGGCUCCAGCCAGCCAUUUCUCACAACUUAGCUGUGUAACAUCACUCAUCCCUCCGCAACAACAAAGUCCACAGGUGUAUGUCUCCCAAUCUGCAGCAGGACCUGGGGCACAGAUCCCAACCUUCUAUAUGGAUACCAGCCAUUUGUUCGGUGCACAGCAUCCUCGUCUGGCUCCCCCAUCUUUGGCACAGCAGCAAGGCUUCCAGACAGGACCUUCACAACCAACUGCAGUUCAGCAGAUCUCGAUACCUAUAUAUGCACCAAUUCCGGGUCAACCACAGGCUCAGCUGAGCUUAGGAGGGCCCCCUUCUGUCUCGCAGGCCCAGGAAAUGUUCAACACAUCCUUGCAACCCUUUAGGACUCAACAGGCUUUCAUGCAAAACAGUCUUUCUCAGCCUUCACCUGUAGUUCUGUCAGGUACAGCUUUGCAUAACUUUUCAGCUGUUCAAGCCCAAGACCUGGCUAAGGCUCAGUCUGGUCUAGCAUUUCAACAGACUUCCAACGCACAACCCAUUCCCAUCCUUUAUGAGCAUUCAUUAAAUCAGGCAUCAGGCCUCGGUGGCUCUCAACUUAUUGAUACCCAUCUGAUACAGGGGAACUCUAAUCAGUGGCAUGUGCAGGGUCUGAGAACAGGAGAAGCCGAGGCAGGCAACUACAAUAUAUGCUACCAUACCUUUCAACAUUAUCAUAGGAAAGCAAGGCCGGGUCUCACUCAGCCAUCUAACCUUUACACAGGACAGGUUCAGCAACCUGGCCAAAGUAACUACUACAGCACAGCACAGUCACCCAAUGCUGCUCUUCAACAGGUGACUUUACCUCUUCCAGGCUCUCAGCUUUCCUUACCAAACUUUGGAUCUGCAGGACAGCCCUUGAUUGCUUUACCCCAAUCCCUACAACCUCUACAGCACGCUCCGGCACAGGCACAGCCUCACAACCUGAGUAGGCCAACGCAGAUCAACCAACCGUUUAGGGGUCUAAUUGCAACAGGAGCACAAGCUGGCAUGAUUCCAGCAGCAGGCAAGAUGGCUGAGAUGGAUCUAAAACCUUAUGGAUGCAGUGUUGAUGUAAAACCAGGUACACCGCCAAUCAGUGUACGAAGUAUUACACCAACCUCCAGUCCGUUCAGAGCCAGUUCCACAAGUCCAAACAGUCAAUCCAGCAAGAUAAACAAUAUGGUCUAUCAGAAACAGUUUUCCUCUGCUGCAGGAGUUCGGAUUGCACAGCCAUUCCCAGCACAGUUCCCACCCCAGAUGCUUUCCCAACCUAACCUGGUCCCUCCAUUGGUAAGACCUCAUGGAAAUACUUUUUCAGCUCCUGUUCAGAGGCCUCCAAUGCCCCUGGCAAAUCAGAUGCAACCUCAAAUGACCACAGGUAUUAUCUGCCAUACUCGUCCUCAGCAUACACCAAGGGUUCCUUCAGGACCUGCACAGGGGAUCCGUGGAAACCAGGUCCAAGCUGCAAUGAUGGCUGAACAGGAUUUGAAGGCUAAGCAGCGUGCUGAGGUACUUCAGUCCACACACAAGUUCUUCUCUGACCAACAGCAGCAAAUCAAACAGCCAGUGAGCAAAGGUCACAAAAAUGACAGCACUGGGGGUAAACCAACUGAGAGCGGCGGGUCAGGCAUUUCAAGCACAAGAGAUGAGAAGGUGGAAGAAAAACCCAAUUCAAGUCAGACUGCUUUGUCAAAACCCGUUCGAACUGGGCCAAUCAAACCUCAGGCAGUUAAAACAGAAGAAACAAAAUCCUAAAUAGCUGAUAGAUCAGAGUAGGUGUUCUAAGCAUCCUUCAGGUGCAAUGGGAGCUCUUCUCUGUGAGAUAAGAGCAGAAAGAUGUAGCUCAAAACAUGGAAUUUCUUUCAAAGAAGUGAGAUGUGAAGUGAAAGGUGAGCUGUUUUGCGAUAUGCAGAAUCAGAUGGAUCAUAAUUUUGAGCAGCAGAAAAGCCCAGAUGUGUAAACUAAUCCUAUGAUGAACAUUUAAUGUUGACUUUUGAAUCUUGAAAAUUUGAAAAGGCAAUGUCCGACUUGUGUGGCAUUUUUUUCUUUGAGAUAAUCACUGAAAUUAUGUAAAAAUGGCCAACCUGGAAGCUGACUAAUUUUACUCUUUUUAAGGCAAUUUAAUAAUCCUCUCAUUAAAAUGUUAUUUAAUUUUUUCGCAAGCUUAAUUACAAUAAAGACUAAGUGAAUGAGUUAAGCUCCCUCUUCAACCUAUUAAUUUGCAAUUGUGUUUAUACAUAAACCAUUUUAAUCACAAGUCUAAUUGCCUUUUUUGAUUAUAUGCUAGUAUUAUAGUUGUAGGAUGUACUGUAUUAUACUGCGUGAAUGUAAAAUAUCUUGUCUAUCUGCAUAUGAUCAAUCAUUACUUAGUGACUGUGCUAGUAACACAGCUGUUUUUAUUAAAGAAAUCUUACCCAGGUUUGAUACAAAUAAGAUUCUGAUGAAGGUACAAAACAAUUGAGGAUUGCUGUUAUUGGUAUUCUGAAACCUUGGCACAAAGCGUGAGCUAAAAGAUUGAUUUAUUGAUGUGUAUAUUUUUGUCACAUGGCUGGGGUGGCACUGGGAAAGCUACACUGCUGAAAAAGCUGCUUACCAUCAGUAAAGUGUUUUGACAAGUUGGUUUUAUUUGCUUACUUUGAAAACUCAGCUGUGAUGUCUGAUUUUGAGAUUUGUAUUCCACCUGUACUGUGUAUUCAUUUGGCAUUGUACAGAAGUUAACAGCCAUAUUGGUAUAGAAAUAUUCUUUAAUUUUUUUUCAUUUGUACAGGGUUAACGCACUAUUAAAUAUGUAUGAUCUUAUUUACGAUUAAUUUGGUUUGGUUACAUAACUAAUAAAAAUAUGCUCUGAAA